AUGAGAGCGAUACUGGCGACGUUGGCCGUCCUGGCGGUCUUUACGACUGCAAUUGAAGCGGACAGCAAAGCGCGCAUAGUAUGCUACUUCAGCAACUGGGCGGUGUACCGGCCUGGCGUGGGUCGUUAUGGCAUUGAAGACAUCCCCGUGGACCUCUGCACUCAUAUCAUCUACUCCUUCAUUGGAGUCACUGAAAAGUCUAAUGAAGUUCUUAUUAUUGAUCCUGAGUUGGACGUAGACAAGAAUGGCUUCAGCAAUUUCACAGCUCUUCGCAAGUCGCACCCUGAUGUCAAGUUCACGGUAGCCGUCGGUGGUUGGGCCGAGGGGGGAUCUAAAUACUCACAUAUGGUCGCACAGAAACAAACGCGAAUGGCCUUCGUUAGGAGCGUUGUUGAUUUCUUGAAGAAAUACGACUUUGAUGGUUUGGACCUCGAUUGGGAGUACCCUGGUGCUGCAGACCGUGGUGGUUCCUUCUCCGACAAGGAUCGGUUCCUCUUCCUCGUCCAGGAACUCAGGAGAGCAUUCAUCAGGGAGAGGAGAGGCUGGGAACUGACUGCUGCCGUACCACUCGCCAACUUCAGGCUGAUGGAAGGCUACCACGUGCCUGAUCUUUGCCAGGAGCUGGAUGCUAUACAUGUGAUGUCUUAUGAUCUGCGAGGAAACUGGGCUGGAUUCGCUGAUGUGCACUCGCCUUUGUACAAACGUCCCCAUGACCAAUGGGCUUACGAGAAACUCAAUGUCAACGAUGGUUUAGCUCUCUGGGAAGAAAAGGGUUGUCCAAGCAACAAGCUGGUCAUCGGUAUCCCGUUCUAUGGUCGCUCAUUCACUCUGUCAGCUGGUAACAACAACUACGGUCUUGGUACUUAUAUCAACAAGGAGGCUGGAGGUGGUGACCCUGCUCCAUACACCAACGCUACUGGAUUCUGGGCUUACUACGAGAUCUGUACCGAAGUCGACAAAGAGGGCUCAGGAUGGACCAAAAAGUGGGACGAACAUGGCAAGUGCCCCUACGCCUACAAGGGAACUCAAUGGGUUGGUUACGAAGACCCUCGCAGUGUGGAGAUCAAGAUGAACUGGAUCAAGGAGAAGGGAUACCUCGGCGCUAUGACCUGGGCUAUUGACAUGGAUGACUUCAAAGGUCUUUGUGGCGAUGAAAACCCUCUAAUCAACAUUUUGCACAAACAUAUGAGCACUUACAACGUACCACCACCGCGCUCUGGAAACACUACUCCUACGCCUGAAUGGGCGCGCCCGCCGUCAACGACGUCCGACCCGUCGGAGGGAGAGCCAGUCGUGAGGCCGUCUACAACCACUAAGCGGCCUACGAAGCAGCCGACCACAUCGAAACCUCCAGUCAUUAUUGAAGAUGAUGAAAAUGAUAUUGCCGUGAGACCUGAACCACCAAAGGCUCCUGAGGCGCCAGUGGUCCCUGAAUCUCCUGAAGUACCAGAAUCACCAGCUGAGAAUGAGAUCGACGACCAUGAUGUCUGCAAUUCCGAAGAAGACUAUGUGCCUGAUAAAAAGAAAUGCAACAAGUACUGGCGCUGCGUCAACGGAAAGGGAAUGCAAUUCACCUGCCAACCAGGAACAAUGUUCAACACGAAACUGAACGUUUGCGAUUGGCCCGACAACGCUGACCGUCAAGACUGCGAGCUGUAG